AUGGGACAACUCCAUUCACCAGGCGCGUUUGGUGGCGGCAGUAAUAUAUGGAAUGGCGGAAGAGGUGGAGGUGGGUGGGGUGGUAGUAAUAUAUGGGGUAAAGAUAAUGGUGGUUGGAGCGGAGGAAAUCAAUGGGGAAGAGGGAAUCAAUGGUUGGGAGGGAAUCAAUGGGGGGUAGGGAAUCAAUGGGGAGGAGGGAAUCAAUUGGGAAAAGGGAAUCAAUGGGGGGUAGGGAAUCAAUGGGGAGGAGGGAAUCAAUUGGGAAAAGGAAAUCAAUGGGGAGGAGGAAAUCAAUGGGGUGGUGGUAAAGGCAGAUUGGGUGGAGGAAAGGGUGGUUUUGGUUUGGGGAAUCAAUGGGGUGGAGGUAAUCAGUGGGGAAAGGGAGGAAAUUUGAACUCGUGGUCCAAUCCCAUUCGUUCUUUCAAAGGAGAAAGAUUUUCGAGUUACCCACUCAACUCGGUCUACGGAAGUCCCACGGGAUUCUCUAACUUUGGAAAUUUUGGUAAAAGACGGAAAAGAAGAUAA